GCCCCUCCCCCGCGGCCGCUCGGCGGGGGCCAGCUCGCCGGGCGGGACAGUUUCGCACCCGGGUGGGAGAUGCGGAGCGGGCUCCUUCUCCUCGCAGAUUUGCAACCAACAUAAUGCUGAAGCUCCCAACUUGCAACAAGCAUUUCACAGAAUGGCACAAACAGAACCUAAUCUGGACCAUGACGUAUCGUGGUUCAUCCUUCCAUCAUACUGGGCUAAAAUGGUUGUGGCAUUAAUUUCCUUCCUCUGUUUUGCUAACAGCUAUGAUGGAGAUUUUGUCUUUGAUGAUUCUGAAGCCAUCAUCAAUAAUAAGGACCUCAGGGCAGAAACCCCACUUGGUGACCUGUGGCAUCAUGACUUUUGGGGUAGCAAACUCAGCAGCAAUACCAGUCAUAAGUCAUAUCGACCACUAACUGUCCUAACUUUCAGAAUUAAUUACCUUUUUGCUGGAGGCUUCUACCCAGUUGGUUUUCAUGUCAUCAAUAUAAUACUGCAUUGUACUAUCUCAGUGUUGAUGGUUGAUGUAUUCUCGAUAUUAUUGGGUGGACUGCAAUUCAGUAAUAAAGGAAGAAGGCUAAACCUGGUUCCAAAGACAUCUCUUCUAGCUGCUUUGCUGUUUGCUGUACAUCCAGUGCACACCGAAUGUGUUGCCGGGAUUGUUGGCAGAGCAGACCUGCUGUGUGCCCUGUUCUUUUUGUUGUCAUUCCUUGGCUACUGUAAAGCAUUUAGAGAAAAUAAGGAAGGACAUAAUUUUUCUAUGUUCUGGGUGUUGGUGAGUGUUAUCCUAGGCGCAAUAGCCAUGCUGUGCAAAGAACAAGGAAUUACAAUACUGGGUUUGAAUGCAGUGUUUGAUGCACUGGUGAUUAACAAGCUAAAUGUUUUGGAGUUUAUUCAAAGGUUACUACAUAAGGACAAGUCAUUGGAGAAGGCUGGGCUGUUAAGGAAGGGGCUGCUUUUCAGGAUAACUCUUCUGAUGUCUGGAGGGGCCAGUAUACUUUAUAUACGCUGGAGGAUUAUGGGCACAGGGCCACCGGCUUUUACUGAAGUAGACAACCCAGCUUCAUUUGCUGACAGUCUGUUUGUGAGAGCUAUAAACUAUAAUUACUACUAUUCAUUGAACGCAUGGUUGCUGUUGUGUCCCUGGUGGCUGUGUUUUGAUUGGUCGAUGGGCUGCAUACCCCUCAUUAAAUCCGUCAGUGACUGGAGGAUAAUUGCACUUGCAGCACUUUGGUUCUGCCUAAUUGGUCUGAUAUGCCAAGCUCUGUGCUCAGAAGACAGCCAUAAGAGGAGAAUUCUUACACUGGGACUUGGAUUUCUUAUUAUCCCUUUUCUUCCUGCAAGUAAUCUGUUCUUCAGAGUAGGAUUUGUUAUUGCAGAGAGAGUUAUCUACCUCCCCAGUAUUGGAUAUUGCAUUCUGUUUACAUAUGGAUUUAGUCUCUUGAGUAAGCAAGCCAAGAAAAAGAAAAUUCUUGCUGUGGCAGUACUUGGCAUCUUGUUGAUAAAUGUUAUGCGCUGUGCACUCCGCAGCAGUCAGUGGAGGUCAGAAGAACAGCUUUUUAGGAGUGCACUCUCUGUGUGCCCUCUGAAUGCCAAAGUGCACUACAAUGUUGGCAAAAACCUGGCUGACAAAGGAAAUCAAAGUGCUGCAAUCAAAUACUACAGAGAAGCUGUAAGGUUGAAUCCUAAAUAUGUACAUGCCAUGAACAACCUUGGAAAUAUUCUGAAAGAAAGAAAUGAGCUCCAAGAAGCAGAGGAGUUGCUGUCUUUAGCUGUACAAAUACAACCUGAUUUUGCUGCUGCAUGGAUGAAUCUAGGAAUAGUACAGAACAGUUUAAGAAGGUUUGAAGAGGCAGAGCAAAGCUACUGGACAGCAAUUAAACACAGGAAAAAAUACCCAGAUUGUUACUACAAUUUAGGGCGGUUGUAUGCAGAUUUGAAUCGCCAUAUAGAUGCAUUGAAUGCAUGGAGGAAUGCUACAGUUCUGAAACCAGAGCAUAGUUUGGCUUGGAACAAUAUGAUUAUAUUGCUUGAUAACACAGGCAAUCUAGCUCAAGCAGAAGCAGUUGGAAGAGAGGCCCUGGAAUUGAUACCUAAUGAUCAUUCCCUUAUGUUUUCGUUGGCAAAUGUACUGGGGAAAUCACAAAAAUAUAAGGAAUCUGAAGCUUUGUUCCUGAAGGCAAUUAAAGCCAAUCCAAAUGCUGCCAGUUAUCAUGGUAAUUUGGCUGUGCUUUAUCAUCGCUGGGGAAAUCUUGACUUGGCAAAGAAGCACUACGAAGUCUCUCUGAAGCUUGAUCCUAUGGCACCCGGGACCAAGGAAAACUACAACCUCCUAAGAAGAAAACUGGAGCAGUUGCAAAAGAAAGGCGGUGCCUGAUGUUUCUAUUCAGGUUGUCCGUGCAUGCUGUUUACGAUUCACGUUACAUGGGUAUUUUUGCCCAUGUAAAGGAUUCAGUUGUUAUUUCUCAAAAAUAAUAACACUACCAGCACUGCACACUUGAAUGUCCAAUUAUGCCCUCCUACAGAUCCUAAAAUUUCAGCAUGAGGGUUUAUUUUAUUUGUACUCUUGAAUUGCUUUCAAAGUCCCUUAGAACAUUUUUAUAGGUAUAUGAAAGCAAUGCAGAUGGAAUUUCACAGCUUUCACUUAUAAUUUGAUAUCUUCAUCUGACUAUUCUAUGACUUUUUAGUAGCAGGGUGAAUACCAGAAGGCAGUUUUAUUUCUGAAAGUGAUUCUUAAAAAAAGUGCAAUUUCCUGUUUAAAUACUUAUCUUUUCAAGUGUGAAGAAUAUCUGUCCACUUGGGUUUUAUUACUGCCUUCUACUGCCAGUCCUGCAGAGCCAGUAGAAGAAUGGAUUCUGUCCAGCAUAUCAGUCCACUCAUGUAAUUUGAGUUAUGCCCUUGUUCUUGUGCCUGGCUCCACCCUGUGAAGUGUCAGAUUUGUAGAGGAGUAAAUGAAGACAAGGAUUUGAGCAUAAACGUUUGUCAGACAGUGCACUGCUAAGGUAUGCUUGAGUGAGGAAAAUACUCUUAGAUUAAGACGGCAGAUUUUAGCAAGCUGCAAAGGGAAAACAAGUGUGAGGCAACAGAGGAGUCAGCUAGAGUUUCUGUCCUUGCAGACAGCCUCAUCUAGCAUUGACAGCUUGGGCAACGAGUCAGAAUUGCUUUAGCCUCUGCUGCAGGUCAGUGGUCUAAAUAUAGUAUAGCAUCUACAGGAGCUAAUUCCUGUGUUCUCAGGCAUUUCAGUGCUUUCUGGUUAAGGACACCACACCUUUCAGUUCCUGUAUUGUUAGUGAAUAAGGAAAGAGUUUAUGUGAAAACGUAACUGGGCAGAGGACCUGACUUUGGCUGUUGAUGUUUUAACUGGAAGGAACUCAGCCUCACCUCAGUCUCCUGUGGCUCAUGUGGUUGCUGAAAUGUCAGUUAAAUAAGCAUAAACUGAUCACAUUGAUGUGGGAUGAUUCAGAGAUGGGAUACAUUGAUACGAUGUUGCUUCUCUAAAUGGGCUAUGCUUUAAUACAGGUUUAAACUCUGGCUGUCCAGAGUUGUUUGUCUUGUGCUAAUAUUUACAUUCCUGCUUCAGAUAGUGACAUGUCUAUUUGCUGUUUCCUUAGCAUAUAAGAUUGGAAGAUUGCUACUGGAUGUGAAAACUGAGGAACUUUACCUCUCUUUUCAUAUUCCUUUAUUUUUUCUGACCCUGUCCCCCAGGAAGAUACUGAUGGGUGCAGUAUUUGCAGCUUUCCUAAUUUGUCCAGUGAUUAUUGUAUGGGAGGUUGUGUAAUGUUCUCCAUACACAACUCAUCUAUGAGAGGAACCAUUUAAAGUGUUGGGGGAAUGCCUGCCAUAAGACAGGACGUCGCAUGACCCUGCCAUCUGACCACCAUUUAACCAUUUUACAUCCAUACUAUGUUUUGAACCUACUGUAGGCUACUUUUGUAUUAUAAAUCUGCUUGGAAAUUACAAUUGUUUCAAGAACCAAGUGUGUCUGCAAAGCACACUGCAGUACUGCAGAGCUACCAAAGCAUCCUCUGACAAAACUAGUUUGGGUAACACAGGUAGUGCAGCUAAUGUAAUAUUCAUGCCAGACUAACUGCAAAUCAAGGCAGCAAGGCUGUGGCAGUGUGGUGCUGUCCAUAAAUUUGGCUUUGAAUGAAUUAAUAUGCCCACAUUAUCUAGUAUGUUGUCAUACUGAUUUUAGUUGAGGUACCAGGGGCAUGUAUUUGUGCUAGUGCGGUGCUCCUCUUCUGCAAAUACAGCCUGUUCCUCAGCAGGACUGAUUAGUUUAUAUAGGGUACUAAGUUGAUGCAAUUGUUUCCAUUUCUUCUGGUUUCUGGACAAAUUUUCCAGAAGCUAGUUUCCGAAUGUAUUUGCAGGAUAUAAACAUGUUCUUUGGUACGCGUCUGUACUGAUCCAGCAGAACUUGGACCACUAUGGGUAGUCAUCUUCCGAAAACCAGCCUAGUUUAGUCAGUACCAACUUCUGUAUCUGAAACAUGCUGAAAUAGAUACACCCUUCAGUAUAAAUGGCAGACUUUUAAGGCUUACCAUACAUAGCCUAUUAUUCACCAGACACAGAGAACACUUAGCUACUUCAGUUAUGAAGUAUUAAAGAGUUGGGAUCUGGCUGGAUGAGCUAAUUUAUAGCAGAAGUGUGUUUAAUAUAAUCAUGUCUUUUCUGUAUAUUUGGAAUAUGACAUACUGAGUUUAAAUUAUUAUUCUCAUCAUAAGGUUCACAUGUACAGUUUUCCCUGUUGCUUGCCAUAUUAGCUUUACAGAAAUCCAAUAGAUCAAUAUUAUGUAUGGGGUAUGAAUUCUCUCUAGAUCAUUGUAAACCAAAGUUGUUUUAGGAAUUCCUCUGUGGAGGUCUGUUUGUCCUUCUACUCAAGAAUCUUAGAUGGAAGAGACAUGCCAACAAAUUGAAGGUUUUAUUGGCAUUUAGAAGUGGUGUUUACUCUUCAAUACAGACAACAUGAAUUCUUCUUGAUUAGUUUUCUGGAUACUUGUAUGUAUUUUUGUGAGAGUUUAUUUGUUUUGUAUCAUUUUCAGUGCUAUAGAAAUUCAGUGUGAUUACUUGUAUGACAGUAAUAAGGAUACAAUUCUGUCUCAGUGUGAUGUUAAGGCAGAAUUGGGUUCAAAACAAGCAACAAACAAGACUGCUUUUUUAAUAAAAAAUUCCUUAAGACUUUCGAGAAUGCUAAGAUUUUUUUACUUUAUUUUCAGAAAUAUUUUGAGAGUGCAAAUAAUAGUGAGUUUUAUUAAAAUGGUUAAGUGUUAACUUUUUCCUUGCUUUUUCAUACCUCAUGAAUGACUCCUGGAAUAGGGCAGAACGCACAACCUGGAAAAAAGGUGAAAAAAAGUGGGUUUGUACAUAACUGUUGUUACAAACACUUCCUGUCUUUCCAGCAUGCUGGAUUUUUUCCCAUUACCUUUCCACCAUUGCUAAUUACAGAAGAUUAAAGUUACUUUUGUAUCAGGUGGCUUGCUUGAUUCUCUAGUGAAAUUAAGAAAACUGGAUACUUUUUUUUUUUCUUCAAAGAUUGCUUGUUCAAGUACAGUUCUGGAGAGAGAAGUACAGAAGUACAAAAGUGCACAGAAUGGAAUCAGAAGAACAUUCACAAUGACUGCUAUGGAUGAGUCUCUUUUCACCAAAAACUUCCAAUGGAGUUCUCUAAUUGUAUGUUUCUCUCACGUUUAGACCAAUACCAUGUACAUGAAGUUUUCUGCUAUUUAAUUUCAUACUUAGGAUUUAAAGUUUAGAGAUGUGGGUUGUGUGUGUGUACAGGCACUCAGAAAUAAACAUCUUCAGUACUUUUGAAUGGUUUGUUAAAAAUAUGGGGCCUAUUCACUGGGAACUAGUUUCCAUCGUAUUUGAGAUACCUGCACCUGAGCUAUCUGUCCUAGUUUCUCUGUAUAGUCACUGGGGGAAAAAAAAAUCCAGGUAAUUUGAAACAGGAUUCAUCUCCUAAAGGAAGCAUCUUUAGCAUGUAAGGCAUCAUGUACUUGAAGCAGGUAUUCCUCCUCAUUAACUGCAAAGGGUAACUAAGAUGAUCAGCCCAUAUAUAUGAAGAAAAUCUCACUGCUGCUUUCAGUUGAAGUAAUCUGGUCUCGUAUGCCUCUAGCAUUCUCAUACAUUAUUUGCACCAAGAAUGUUAAAAGACUGGCACUGAAGCAAACUGGCAGGUACUUGCCUUGAGAGUCAGAGUUAUAGUAGCUGGACGAGGGAAUGGGAUCAGACAAACUGGGAGAGCUUUGGUUUCUGCAGAAAGUUAAAUUUUAUCUGAAUGUCAAAUCUCUGCCUACGGAAACAGAACAUUCAGGUUCAGUUUGAUUCAUUAUUAGCUUGUCUGUCACCACAAUAAAUUACAGCAACUUCUUA